AGAGUUGGGAGAACGAAGGCGUGACGGCAUGGCGCAGGCUGUGCUGCAAAAUCCCAAGUACAAGUGGCUAUUUGAAGUCGUGAAGGGAUUCAGAAAUGGCCUGGUGUACGGAGUCAAGAUCAGGCUGCCGCAUUCCUUGGUCAUGACUUUCCUCUUCCACGAGGGGAGUCUGCAGGAAAAGCUCCACUUUAUUUUGAAUGCCACCUUCCAACAUGCCAGAAACCUUGCCAUUCUAACUGCUCUCUACAAAGCUCUGACAUUAGCUCUUCAGAGAAUAGCAGGCAGAGCUGUUCCUGGCCUGCCAGCCAUAACUGGUGCCGUCUGUGGGUACCUGGUGUUUGGAACUGAAACUAAGAUUAACAUGCAGAUCAACCUAUACCUCCUCUCUCGGGUUACCAUGGCUCUGGUUCGACUGGCACGCCAACAGGGAUGGCUCCCUUCCCCGUCCUCCCUCUCUGCUUCCCUCUCCCCUUUCCCUCUCUUUGCUGCCCUAAUGUGGGGGCUGGUGAUGUGGCUCUAUGAGAACCAUUUACCUCUCCUUCAGCCAUCCCUGCAGGUUCUCUCAUGUCCAGAUCACCUCGGAGAGGAAAAGGGUCUGGUGACUAUUGAACGUUUUCUUGGUUGUGCUGACUCAUCAUUGUCGACUGCAUGUGCAGAAAGACCCGUUUUCGUUCAUGGACACGGUUACCAUUCCGGUGUCUCCAAAUGAGUCAGCACAACCAAGAAUUGCUCAGAUCCUUUUCCUCUCCUAAGCAGGUGGGGUCUGGGUACAAGACUACCUCUCACACAUAACCCCUUCUCUCCCCACAGUCCUCCAUGACCUAUCUUCACAGCGACAGCAGGCGUUGGACUGGACUGCAUGACUUGUUGCUGUACAACUCUCAAUCCUUGUGGUAGCACUUUCAACAACUCGGAGAGAAAUAUAUAUUUUUUAAAUUCACAUCAACAAGUUCACAGUGACAAAACUAGUGUUCAUGAUGAAUGGUGUGAAAAGUGUUCAGAAAGGUUCUGUUGGAAGCAGCGGUAGCAGGCGAGCUCAGGAAGACAGUGACGAUGGUAAGCAUGACCACAGUGGAAUACAAGCAGUCCUGGAUGCUGGGCUGACAUCUUCACAGAGAGAGAGUGGUGGCAGACACCACAUCUUCCCCCGCCUCCCACCCUCACUCCCCAGUGUCUGCCGCUCUCCUCCAGCCUUGGGCUCCACUCCACGGCUCCCUGGACUUCCUCCUUCACCUCUCCCCUCUUUCUCCCCUCCCUCUCUCUCUCCUCCAUCAGCUCCAGCUCAGCACACACUGCGGCUGGUCUCCGUGACCACAGGUAGCGAUCC